AGCCGGCGGUCUGUGUUACUAAAAUAGACUUUACUCAGUACUUGGCACUUCAUUUUACUGUUUGUUUCCGUUGACCUUUUUGGAUGAUAUACGCAGUGUUUUUCGUGAUUUUUGUACCUUAACAUUUUGAUUUUAUAUAUGGGUAGGAACUUGUUACGAACGAGUUAUAUUUUCAGAGAUGGAUUAACAGAUGGUACCAUGAGGUGCGCUUUUCUUCUUAAAGAUAGUGUUCAGAUAAUAUCGGAGUACAAGCUUGAAGUUUGAUUUUCAUUCAUAACAUGAUUUUCACACAACAUGAAACACUACUGGGGUUUAUAAGCUGGAUAAUAUAUACUCGUACGUCAGUCGUGUGCACGUAAUGAACAGUAUCCCCGUAGCUGUUUGAAAACAGAAAUGCUCUGCAAAUAUUUUACAUUUUGACAUUUAAGCAUGAAAUGCAAACAUAAAAAUGGUGUUGUUUAAUUUAUGACAUAAAUAAAUCGGUUUAUUUCGAAUAGAAGCAUUGGUUAAUGUGGAACAAUUAUUUUGUGCAGUUUUAGUGAAAAUAUAUACAAAUUGUUGGCACAUUCCUGGAAAUUCAUAUAAAGAGUGUUAUUAAUUCAUUUAUAAACUGGAAUAAGUGAUGAUACAGAGAUUUGGAUCUUUAGAUUCAGUUAGGAUGCAGAAUAUGAUUCUCUGGAGGAUAUUUAUUAUAGCUUGUAGUUUUUCUGGCUUAAAGGCGCUGAGAGAUGCUAACAAAGAUGAAUUUUUGAGAAACCUACAAGAGUAUGAAAUAGUUGUUCCAUCGCUUGUCACUGCAGAAGGACAUCAUUUAACGUACACAUUACAUCCAAGACAUUCACUGCGCAGGCGCAGUGUCGACUCACACGUGCAAUCGGAUGAUAGUAUCCAUUAUAAUAUAAACAUAAACAAUGAGAAUCAUAUUUUAAAAUUACAACAUAAUCGACACUUGAUAGCGCCAGGUUUGGUAAUAGAAAGAAAACGAAAUCAUUUUAAGAAUGUGACAGAUUCAAAGUUUACAUUCCUAAAAGAAAGCAACAGGAAUUGUCACUUUCACGGGGAUAUUACAAAUCAACCAGGAACAAAAGUAGCCGUAGCUCUGUGCAAUGGAAUGCAAGGUUUUAUACAUACCAAAAACGGCGAAUACUUCAUAGAGCCACUUGAAAGUAGUCCCUUGACACCCGAAGGUCAGCAUCGUCACGUAAUUUACAAAAGGUCAGCGUUACCGGCACAUCUUGAUCCAGUUCGUGUUCAACUAGAGAGGCACCGACGUGAGAAUGCAGAAGAUGAUUCUUGUGGAGUCAACGAGUUUUCCAACGCUUUUGCACAAAGAGAGAGAUGGCAAAAACACCAUAGGAGAAAGAAGAAGGCGGCGGAACAUCACCGGAGCAAGAGGUCAUUUUCAACAGAAAGAUAUGUCGAGACACUGGUUGUCGUGGACCCAAGCAUGAUCAAAUACCAUAAGAACGAGCACUUAGAAACAUAUGUGCUUACAGUAAUGAAUAUGGUUGCGGCGAUGUUUCAUGAUGCGACAGUUGGAAAUUCCAUCAACAUUGUCCUUGUUAGAAUUCUUCUCGUAGAAGAAGAGCAGGAAGAACUCGUAAUUACCCAUCAUGCCGACAAAACCUUAAAGAGUUUCUGCAAGUUCCAGAAAAUGAUAAACUUUAAAGACGACGAUCAUCCUAACCAUCAUGAUGUUGCAAUACUUCUUACAAGAAAGAAUAUUUGCUCCCGUCUGAAUGAACCAUGUGGAACUCUAGGACUGGCCCAGGUGUCGGGAAUGUGCCAACCGCAUAGAAGCUGUAGUAUCAGUGAGGACACGGGCAUUGCCCUGGCAUACACUGUCACGCAUGAGCUGGGUCACAAUUUUGGCAUGCUCCAUGAUGGUUCUAACAACGGAUGCGAGGAUCCUCCUGGAAAACAGCUAUUCAUCAUGUCUCCUAGUCUAGUGGCAGACAGCAUCUCAAAGUCCUGGUCGAACUGUAGUAAACAGUCCAUUACUCAGUUUAUAGAUCGUGACUGGGGAUAUUGUCUGGAUGACGAGCCAUCAAGUCACGAAUACAACUAUCCCGUGCUUCCCCCAGGUACCAUGUAUGAUGCUAACCACCAAUGCCGGUUGCAGUACGGCACCGACGACGCUACAAUAUGUACCAAUGAACAGGAUGUGUGUUCGAAUCUAUGGUGUCAAACAAACAACAAGUGUUCCACACACCUCGAGGCUGCAGCUGAAGGGACUAUUUGCGGAACUAAUAAGUGGUGUCUCGAAGGAAAGUGUGUGAAGAUUGGUGACAGACCGGAAGCAAUUAACGGAGAAUGGGGUGAAUGGACGUCUUGGACAGAGUGUACUAGAACAUGCGGGGGAGGUGUCUCUCACUCUCAGAGACAUUGUGAAAACCCAGCACCAUCUCAUGGUGGGAAAUAUUGUCUGGGCGAGAGAAAACGGUUUAGGAUUUGCAACACAGACGAAUGUAAAGACACUGAAGUAGCCUUUAAUGAGGCCCAGUGUGCAGAGUUUAACUUGAUUCCAUACAAGAAAAGUUUCUAUAGUUGGGAACAUGUUCCUACAUCAGAGACUCCAUGUCAGCUGCAUUGUAAGCCAAAGAACCAUUUCUUCUCUGUACUAAUGAAGGAUAUCGUCACGGAUGGGACACCGUGUACGCCGGGUACCAGAAACAUGUGCAUAAGCGGAAGAUGUAGGCAUAUAGGUUGUGACUAUGUGAUAGACUCCAAGGCUCGGGAAGAUAGAUGUGGAGUUUGCCAUGGUGAUGGCUCUACUUGUACUACGAUAAAGUCACAGUUCAACGAGUCUCAGGGACUAGGGUAUGUAGAAGCAGCAGUCAUACCGGAGGGAGCACGGAAUAUUCGUGUGGAGGAGGUAGCUGCCGCCAGUAACUUCUUGGCCUUGCAGAAUUCAGAAGGGGAAUAUUAUCUGAAAGGCGAUUGGUUGAUGUUUUACAGGGGAAAUUUACCUAUGAACUUGUUGUUACAGUCGAAUAAUCCCGGAGUCAAAUUUGAAUACACAGUUCCAAAGGACAACGUCACAGAGCCCAGGAAGCCCGAAUUUCACUGGCAUCAUCAGCCUUGGACGCAUUGCACCUCGUCUUGUGGGGGAGGCAGUCAACGGUCAGAAGCUGUCUGUAUUGAAUUGGAGGCUGGCAUAGUAGACGAUAAAUAUUGUGAUGCAUCUGCUAAGCCUGACGACAUACAGAGAGUCUGUAACGAACAUCUGUGUCCAGCAAGAUGGUGGUCAGGUCCGUGGCAACAUUGCUCUGUAACUUGUGGAAACGAUGGAGUACAUCACCGUACCGUAAUUUGUGUACGAAGUCUUGGACCGGAUGAACAGAUAGCGCUUGAUGAUGAUGCAUGCAAAGCAGACGACAAACCAGCUGAAACAGAAGCAUGUCACAAAAAGGAACCAUGUCCAGGAAAUAGCACAUGGGUCGUUGGAGAGUGGUCAAGUUGUAACGGAAAUCUGUGUGGACUAAAGUACAGGAAAGUUGAAUGUAAAGAUAUAAGUAUAGGAUGUACAAAGAAUGCCAUUCCAUUAUCAGAAAUGCCAUGCAGUGAUCAAAUCUGUGGAAAAUAUGUCGCCUCAAAAUGGACAAGUUGUACAAGAAGUUGCGGUGACGGAAUACAGACGAGGCAGGUGAUUUGUGAAGGGGCAGACUUCUGUGACACUUCUAAAAAACCAACAGCACAACGUCACUGCAACGUAAUGCCAUGUUUGGAUUUAACUACUACAACAGAAUCAACCAUAAGAAGGCAAAACACCGAACACGCAUCGGAUAAAACGAUUUCUUCUGACCCACUUACUACAGGGAAAAUAAAUUUGGAAAGAGUAACUGACGCCACAUUUGUUUCAGCUGACUCUGAUUCAGAGAGGGCGGAAUCUGUUGAAACUAUAAAAAACAAUGACACAGUUACUAAGGCCUCCGGACUUGUAACCAACCCUGAAGACAGUUCUCCUGAAAUUAAGGAUCAUACCAGUGACACUAUUAAAGGUGACAGCGUCAACAGCAAAGAUGAAAUGGAGCAAGAAAGAGGAAAUGCCGAAUCAAGUAUUGAUACUGAUGCUUCUAAUAAUAAAGAAAGUGAUUUUGAAGACUCGCAUAAACACAGACAUCACCAUGGAGACUUCGAGGCGGAAAUAGAUCCUUCUUUAGGCGGUGGUCACUUACCAAAACAAGAAUACGAGACUGAUGAGAAUGCUGAUAAUAGUUUUGAGGAUGAAUCUACUAAGAAAAACCAUGAAUUGAAACACUCAAAAGGCGUAAAUGUUGGUGAAACAGAAGGAAUAGUUAAGUCGAAAACUGAAGGUACUACUGACAUUGAAGGUAAAGAAACGGUAGUAAACAAAGAAAGUACGACUACACAAAUUUCAGAUUACGGAAAACAAAAGGUACCAAAAUUGGACCUCCCUCCAUUGUCGAAUUUCGAUAAUCUACCACUACUCCCAAAAAAUAAAGAACUGCCUUCUCUACCCAACAUCAAAGAUCUUCCACCAUUGCCUAACUUAGACGAAUUACCGCCAAUUAAUUCUGCAGAGUUUGAUAAUUUACCAGAUUUGGGUAAGCUGCCUAGUCUUGAUGAUUUGCCGCCUCUUCCAGGAAAAGGACCCCUUCCGCUUAAACAAAAGGACCAGUUACAAGGACCUUCAUCCGAAUUGAGUAAAACUGAUAUUGUAACACAUGAUAUUACAACAAACUCACCAGAAGAUAUUAAACUUGUCAAUAAUAUAGAAACAACAGAACAAAAAACGGAACAACCUCAUGAUAAAAUGCCAAGCGAUAACAGUUCGCCGGGUCAGAGUGACAAAGUGUCAAAUGAGAUUAUUAGUGAUGGAAAAGCAGACGUCCAUAAACUUGAUAUUAAAGACGUUCAUAUUAAUUUUAAUGACUCUAGAAAUGAUAGACAAAACAUAAGUUUUGGAGAGAGCGACUCAUUGAUAUUAGCAGAAAUGGCUGAACAGGGUCCAAUGUUGCCUAGAGUACAAAAUACCAACCAAGCGACUGAUUAUAAGUGGAUGCCACUAGACUGGUCUGAGUGUUCUCGGCAUUGCGGAGGAGGUGUAAGGACAAGGGUUGUUGAGUGUUUAAAUUCCGAAACCGGUGAAGAUGUAGAUCAGACACGCUGUGAUAUAAACACAAAACCUACAGCCAUUGAAGACUGUAAUAAAAGAACCUGCCACGAGUGGCAGACGUCAGAAUGGGGGCAGUGCUCAUUACCCUGUGGGAAGAGUUUUAGAACCCGUCUCGUCUCAUGUCCACAUGACGGGUCUUGUGAUCCAAAACACAAACCAGUUGAAGAAGAGGCUUGUGACGUACCCGAAUGUGUUAUGUGGGUAUCUGGUCAGUGGAGCAAGUGUACAAAGCAGUGCGAUGGUGGUGAACAGUUCAGACUUGUUCAGUGUGUAAAUGUAACAAACCAACGCCCAAGUCACGGAUGCAGUUACCCAGAAAAACCAAAGGAAAGACAAGAUUGUAACACUGACCCUUGUAAAGAUAAUAAUGCUGCCCUUUCUCUCCGAUGUGAAUACAAUGAGAUAUCUUCAUCUUUGUGUCGUGCUCUGCGUAAAAUGGGACAGUGUCAGAACCGAUUUGUAGCUUUAAAAUGUUGUAAAACAUGCAGUCAGGAGUCACAUAGACGUGCCAACAAAGACAGACCAAAAGGGCAUAGUUUAAAAUAAUAUUAAACGGUAUAAGUUACCAGUAUUAAAUAGUAUGAUAUUCAAGAGAAAAUAUAUUUUCUUCAAGAGGGAGUGCCAAGAAGGUCAUGCAUCUAGCAUGUCUUAUUUUAAAUAGUUGGUUAGCCACUAUUAACUGAUAGCAUCAUGGGUUUUUACAAAUUAGAUAUACACUUUAUACUUGAUAAUUUAGAAUAAUGGAAUAUUAUAAGAUUAUGUAAUUUGGACGUUGCCAGAAAUCGACUGGAGUGUAUUAUCUACAGUAUUGUGCUUAUUGUACUGUGAGUUUGCAGAAAUGUGAUUGCUUCAAUUCUGCAAGACUUGAAUGUGCUAGGGACAGAGUCUCAAAUUAACCCCGGAGAUGAGAGAAAUAUUGACGAUGCCGGCUGAGUUUAUACAGGGCAGAAGAUAAAUUCCAAAAACUAAACGGGAACAAAUGUUACAAAAUGGAUCGAAUCGAGCGGAAAAUUGAAAAGUGGAAGUGACAUCACAAUCGGUGUCAAUAGCUUCUUCCGAUGUUGAAACAAAUGAUGUAUUUACUAAAAACAAUAUAAAACUUAUUGAUGAACUUUAUAUGAAACGAAAAUACUGUAGUAUUUGAUAAAUAGAUACAUGUAUUAGUAAAUUAUAAGAAAAAUACCUUUUGGUACAUUUUCGUUCAAGGCGGUUCAUGAACUAGAUAAAAUUAUGUUCUUCUUAAUAUAAAAGUGUCAGCAUGAUGAUACCCGUUGUUCAGCACGAAUGUCUCGUUUCAAAGGAGUGGUAUGAACCUUUUUAGACAGACUCGUGUAAACUGUUUCCAGAAAGCGUUAAAUACUGCAUGUGUAAGAAUCGUAAUGUGAAAAGUAAAUAUGCGUCGUUGGUUAAACAUUUUACCCAUGCUAUAAUUAUGCAGCCAAAGCCCCCAGUGAAGUGUGUUCUAAUUCUUACUGUACGAAAGCUAUGUUGCGAGUUUUUAGCAUGUAUUGCGAAUGUUAUCCAAGGCAAGUAUACUUACUGUUUGUUCAGCACGUUUUUCUCGUGCUUCAGCUGAAAAGUGUAACCCGACGUCUCCCGAAUGCAUUGGUGAGGUGCAUGAUAUUAAUUUUGACACAUUUUCUACAUUAUGAUAUUUGCUAUCACGUCUCGUCAUUGUUUGAAAAUACAGUUUCUUUCAGAUUCUUUUGUUUCGCAGAAAGGUUUUCCUCUACUUUUAUUUUUCAAUGAAAACAAUUUUAUUUGAGUCUGUAUUAAUUGACAUAUUUACAUUUUAUAGAAUUUAAACAACUGCAGGUGUUUAAUAUGGAUCUUGUGCAAUUAAAUAGGCGCACAUUUUACAUGGUCAACACUGUUGUAUCAUAUAAACAUAUCCAACAGUUCAAAAAAAAUUGUUGAUGUUUUACAUUUCCAAAAAACUCUAAGUAGCUAGCUGUAAAACUAAAAAAUACAAGUCACUACAAUUUGAAAUUGUUUUCAGAAAUACCUGCCGCGGAAUAAACGAAUCUAAAGAUCAGUAAAAGCUGUAAUUAGUGUUAUUAUAUCUUUGACCAAUGUUUAGUUGUUAAUUAUAUUAUAUUUACAUAUAAUGAUAUAUGUACUUUUGAUUAUACAUGUAUUAUUACUAUUUGUUUGAUCAUAUAAAAUACUUAAUAAUGUGUCAUUUUGUUCAGAUUUUAUGCGAUGACAUACAAAUAAAACGUAAAAAAUU